AUGCCCGAAGCGGACAUGUACGACUCGGAGGUCGAGCUGGACGAAUUCCCAUUCCACCGGAAAGCAUCACGCCCGCGACGCGACAGAUUGCCCGACCCUCGAAGCCGACUACGUCGCGAUACCCAGCCAUGGAGCUCUGUGUGGUGGAUAGCUUUGGUCUGCCUGCUGACUUGGGCCUCGCCAACAGCGGCCGUCUUAUUGGACUUUGACAACUGUCUAUCGAAAACCAUACUAGAGUCCAAUCCUUUACAAUUACAAUUCGUCCCCACCAAUCUCUCCGUCACGUUCAACAUCAGCGACUCGCUCAACCCGCUCAGCCUGACGGUUUUCGGGAACGUGUCGGGAACCACGUCGCGGACGACGAACUACCCGGCACCAGACUCUGACGUUUGGAGCAAUCCCAAUUGGACCGAUGGCAAAAUCGAGGACUUGAGCAGUGCAAACAACAUGUACAGUACAUUGUUGACUGAUUUCAACGUCCUGAGUUUCUCGCCUUUUCACAACGCCUCGCGCUUCAGUGACUCAGUCACGCAAGGCACGUUUCCGUUGGGCCCCGUCUUCAACUACAAUUUGAGUAAUCUAACCACAUUGCGAGCAUUCUCCGUUGAGCAUGAUAUGCUAUCCACCUAUCGCUUUGGUACGAUCAUUCCUACGAUGAAGCUUCGCUCUGGAGAUCUUUCCGCGGCGCAGCUGGGCUGUGUGUCUGUGAAGGUCACACCGGACUUCGGGGCAUCUCUCAAGAACGCCAUUGCCUAUGUACCUCUGGUGAUAUUAAUUUUGGUCGGCAUUGCAACCAUCACCGCAGCAAUGUUUAGCCCAUGGGGUACAACUGAUCUCUUCAGAUGGACCAGCAACUAUGGUCGAGAUGAAGAUGUUCUCCGGUUGGUCACUCCCGGAUUCUCGGACUGCCUCCAGUAUCUCCAAUUCGUGGUUUUGACCGGCGCACUUUCAUUAGACUACCCGGGAUUCUUUCAACCCGCGGUGAGUCAGGGUGCAUGGUCGACCCUGAUGUUUAACCAGAGCUUUAUCGGCUCCAGCGCGGGUCGUGAUCCCGUCGUCGAUGGCAUCUACGCUGUGAGUGGGACCUAUGGCCUCGACCGUCUGAACCAGUAUGUUGGCAUGGCUUCGUCUCAGGACAUCUGGCCCGGUAUAAUGAUCUGGACAUUGGUCAUCCUCGUCAGCGUCACCGUCUUCUUCCAGAUUGCAUUUGCGCUGCGAUGGUUGCACCGUGAAUUGGCCAACAACACUGACCAGGACUUGCGGGCGAGAAACCUGCCUUUCACUUGGGGAAGUCUAAUCCGCAUAGUCUUCAAUUUCUUUCUUUUCCCAAUCGUCUCCUUCUCCUUCUUCCAGUUGGUACUCGCGGGCUCCUCUACUGCAUACUGUGUCGCUUUGGCAGCUGUGGUUCUCGUCAUCCUUUUCUGCUUCUCACUCUGGGUCAUUCGAGUGAUUGUUUCAACUCGACCAAAGUCGCAUCUCUUUGACGAUUUACCGACAGUGCUAGUGUAUGGCCCACUCUACAAUACAUACUGUGACGAUGCCACAGCAUUUGCCCUCGUGCCAAUUUUCUUGAACAUUGCUCGUGGAAUUGCGGUGGGUGCUUUGCAGCCAUCUGGAAUCGCCCAGGUGGUAAUGCUAGCAAUUUGCGAAGUCGUCUCUGUUUUGACAAUUCUGGCUUUCCGACCUUUCCCAGGACCCACUCACAUGAACCUCUAUCACUGUCUAUUCUCCAUCGUCCGCUUCUUGACAGUCAUCUUGAGUGUGGUGUUCGUCCCUUCAUUGACAGUCUCAGAUGCCGCCCGUGGCUGGAUUGGAUACUUGAUCCUUGUCCUGCAUGCCAUGGUAUUGAUCUUCGGAUUUUUCCUCAAUGCGAUGCAAACGCUAAUCGAGGUUCUGGCGCGCCUGGCUGGUGCUGGUGGCGCCACCCGUGGUGGUUUGACCAAAGUGUUUGGUAUGCGCCAGCUUUCGAGGCGCGCUGCUCGAGGCGGCAUUUCGCGCCAAAGCAUGGGAUCCGAGGCUGCGAUGCUUGGUCACCCUGAUGAUCGAAUGUCAUCUCAAUUUGAGGGAUCGCGACCUCGCAGUUUCUCAGGCAGCUCGGGUCUGCUUUUAAACCGCGCUACUGCGAGCGAAGGUCGGGCUAGCGCUGUCCUUGAAUAUGCUAGCUCACAGGGCGGUACACAUAGUCGUGCCGCUAGCGGCGGUUUCCCGACUCCGACGUCCACAGCAUAUCAAGGAGCCGGGUUCCCUAGCUCACCGAACAGCUCGGUGUUUGGGAUGCAUCCACGGGACCCUUAUUACCGACCACCUCGACCUGGGCGAAGAACACCCGAGGGAAGUGUGUCGUUAGAGAAAGGAAAGAGCCCAUCAAGGGGCUUCUUGAAGUCGAUGUCGACCCGACGAGGCGCCAGAAAUGGUGACGGUGGAGAGAGCGGUCUUAGGUCUGGCCGAGCUACACCUGUGCCCGCUUACCUUCAGGCACCGAAGGACGAGAUGGAACUGGAUGGCCCGCGGCAGCCAACGGAUUAUGCCGUACGCGAGGUAGAUUUCUACUACGGCGUGAGGGGUCCACCACUUUCCCAUAGUGGCACAAGGAAGCUCAAGACCGGUCCAGCAGAUCCCACCGGGCCUGUCUCCUCUGCAACGGGAUGGUUCCGUGGCUUACUGCAAGGCAAGACCAAAGACAAAGCGAAAGGGUUCGAGGUGGUUCGAAGCGCCCGAGCACCUCCCCCUGGCAUGGCGCCCCGAGGAGGUUAUAACGAGCAUUACCAAGAUGACCCAGGUGCGCCAUCGGGUAGCCAGUCUCGCAAUGUGUCCACGGGCAACGUUCCAUACGACGAUGCUGAUGGCGACAAUGCACUUGGGCAGCCAAGUGAGACACGUCCACCUGUCCUGCCACAAAUCAACACCUCAGUAGGUGGCAUUGAGCUCCCUAGUCGAAACGGUUCCCGGCACACGCAAAUAGCUGGCGAGCAGGACAGCAGUGGCACAGCCGGUCUGCCCGUCGUGACAGAGACUUUGUCACGCGAAACUGGCGGAGAACAACGUUCUAUUCGUCAAGAACACCGCCUGCAGCCAGACAGCUCAGCCCGCUUCCCUCUCAGCGGAGAAAGCUCACCGUCCCGUGAACGUGGUCUCUCCAUUACCUCAACAUCACGAUCUCGAUCCAACGCCUCGAGCAACCAACCCGACAAACGAACCGAGCGACCCUCGAGCAUGGGCUAUGUGCCUCAACACCGAGCCCAUGACAACAUCCACGAAGCAAGUCCGGAUGAACCUUCCUUCGCCGGCAGCUCCGCCGAGCUGGUGGAUGAAGCUACCGCCUUAGCCACGCACGAGCAUGGCGAAAAAUAG